UUUUGGCGAAGGCGACGGCAGCCGGAAGUGAGUUCAACUUCCGGUCCACGUUGCCGGGUGAAAUGAAUUGCCGUCGUUGCUUCGCGCCGACGUGAGUUUAGCUAUUUUGACGUUGUGUCAAAAACGUGAGUAUAGUUUUGCUUUAUUUUGCCUUUCAAACUUGUAAUUUCUUAACAAAACACUCCUGUGUCACUGUUUACUAUGUAAGCUUCAAUUUUAGAAUCUCUAACGGCACUUUUUGAUCGGAUUCUCACAUUUUUUCGGCUCUAGGCCGCACAUGGAAGCGUCACCAAAGAAACAGCAGUGAGUGUGUUUUUUCGGUUAGUUUUUAGGGCUUUGUUUUAAAGAUAAUGGGGAUUUUCAUUCAUAUAUCAGAGCCAUGGAGUGGACCGACGACCACGACAAUUUGCUUCUCCGAGAAAUGGCUGUUAGUGAGCUUUUCAGCUACAAAAAAGGGAGUCCUGACCGUGGAAAGGUUUGGGUAAACAUCCAAGAAACGCUAAACUCGAUAGAAAAUCCAAAGUUUCUGCUGAAAGACAAGAGAGCCGUCCGUGAUCGAUGGACCCUUCUUCAAACCAAAUUCAAGAAGCGUAUAAGGGCAGAAGAAAUGGCGAGUGGUAUUGAUUGUGAGCUUUCAGAAAAGGACCGUCUUAUCGAAGAACUAUGCGAGAAAGAAGAAAGCCAGACAGCCAACAACAAGAAGAAGACAGAGGACAAGGCAGCCGCCGAGGAUGUACGCAAAAAGGCGAUGCAGAGAAUGGGCGGUGGAAAAAGGAAAGCUAAAGCAGACGGCGAAAGUGACGAAGCUUCUACUUUGGGGGGUAAAAAGAGUAGGCGGAGUGGAGGAGAGGUUGUUGAGUUUCUACGUGAAAAGGCCAAAGCUGAACAAGAGUCCCGAACGGAGCAAGCCAGGCAGCAAAGUCUUCAAAUGGAGCUACUCAGAAAGCAAUCAGAAGGCCAAAUGCAAUUAACCCAAGCACUUGUGCUAAUGUUGCAAAAAAUGAGUGAAAAGUAAGCACAACUUCAGACCUUUUACUAUCGUUUUACAGUCCAUUAAAUACUGCAUGGCUGUUUACAUUUCUCUUACUUUUAUCGUUUAUAUUGUUACUGUGUACUAAAAAAGGAAUCCAUGUUGGGUUAUUUGAAAUGCAUGGACUCAAUGCAUGACUGAGUCCAGGUCCAUGCCAGUUUGUUACUAUGUCAAAGAGCCAAUUUCAGAUUGACAAUAAGAUAUAAAUGCUGUUGUUUUAUA